AUGGCCGCACCUUCUUCCCAGUUCGUCGCCGAGCAAGAAUUCCCCAACCUGCCCAACUACGCAGCCUAUUGUCCGGAGAAACUGGGCAACUUCGACACGAAAACGGCCAAAUCCGGCUCCAAAACGCGGCUUCCAGCGAAUGUGGCGGAUUUCCUGCGAAACAACCAAGUCAAGAGGAUUACGGUGGAGGAUAUUUUCGCGCUGGCUUCGAUUCCCGGCUUCAAGGAGAGUUUGAGGCAGUAUAAAGUGGAGAAGAAGAACCGACGACUCAAUUACAAGCAGAUGGUCGAGUUGGAGACCGGAAGGGAAAAGGUGCGAUAAUUCGAAAAAUUUCGCAAAAAUUUUGAGCAAACAGCCUAAAACUUCCCAAAACAUCCCUAAGCGACAUUUUCGAUCAAAAAUCGGGCAAAAAAUCGAGAUUUUUUGUCAUUUUUUGAUUGGAAAUUACGCACAGUGCAAACAUCCGAAAUUUGCACUGUGCAGUCCAUUCUGAAGUCCUCGCCCUUCCCAGAAAUUCGCGACUAAAUUAAACGCGACAAGUUCUUUGUCAAAGAUUUGUCGCAGGUUUUGCCAAAUGCCGCUCAGGACUGCACUGUGCAGUUGAAAUCAGAAAAAAAUUGGAUUGCACUGUGCAGUUUAAAUAUGAUGAAAACAGGACUGCACUGUGCAGUCCAAAAUAGGUGAAAAUAGGACUGCACUGUGCAGUUGAAAUUGGACGAAAUCAGGAUGCACUGUGCAGGUGAAAAAAGAAAAAAAGGACUGCACUGUGCAGUCGAAAUUAGGUGAAAAUAGGACUGCACUGUGCAGUUGAAAUCUGAUGAAAUCAGGACCGCACUGUGCAGUCCAAAAUAGGUGAAAAUAGGACUGCACUGUGCAGUUGAAAAAAGAAAAAAUCGGACUGCACUGUGCAGUCGAAAUUAGGUGAAAAUAGGACUGCACUGUGCAAUUGAAAAUCUAACAAAAUUACGAUUGCACUGUGCGGUUCAAAUUUUUUUGUUGAAAUUUCAAAUUUCAGACCCUGCCAUUGGUCUCCCCUCGUUCCAACUCCCAAAAGAGCCUUCAAGAAACCCAACUGAGCCUCAGCUCGCCUCGUUCCGAGCCGAAAACUCCGGAUCAAUACGCGGAAUUGGAUCAAAGCCAGGAAAAUCAGAGUCCCAACUUUGAGGAGAUGAGUCCAGCCGAAUAUUUGGAGAAGUUGGCGGUCCAAACCGCCAUGGAGGCGCAGAGUUUGGUGUCGGUUCACACUGGAGAGGCCAAGAGUUCGACCAGUUUGACCACGGCCAGAGAUUCGGAGAGCUGGGAGAACCUGAAGACGGCUCUGUUGAAGGCGGAUACUUUUGGAGGAGAGUUGGUAAGAGCCAUUUCAGUGGGCUAGAGUAAAAUUUUGUUGAUAUCCAACGAAAAAAUUUUUUUUUAAAUCACCUUAUUUUAGGCAAAUUUUUGAGAUUUCUAAUAUUAUUUUGAAAUCUGAACGUAGCAUUUUUUCUAUAGAUGUUAAAAGCCAUAUUCUACCAUACCAUUUUUCAAUUCGCCGCUUUCGAAAUUUUAAAAAUCGAAAAUUCGCUAAAAAUGACCUUAUUUUAGGUAAAAAUUGAUUCUAAAUUUUAUACAGCUUCUUAAAUUUCAGGAAGGUCUCAGUCAUAGUCCUGCAGAAGUACUCAGCAACGAUACGAAUGAUGUGGCUGAGGGAAUGGACAAUAUUUUUGGUCAACAGCCAACCAGUUUGUCAGUUGAGGCCACCUCGGCCAGAUAUCGCAAAAUUUAG